UUUAUUCGAGUUUUUUCCUCCACAAUAUCCUCAUAAGCAUAUUUUUUUGUGCAUUUUGUGAAGGAUUUCUUACACCGCCGCCGUGAGACUGCCAAGGCUCUAUAAAGCAGGACUCUGGGCUGCGCGGUUUGUCCUCUUUGUCUGCUUCCAGAAUUUUCCAACAUAUUUCACGAAUCUCCUCCACACGUGGUCGGGUUGCGUUAAGUCUUGUCGACUAUUUUGUAUAUUUUUUGUAAAUCCAACCGCAUUGUGUCGCGUGGUAAAUUAAGAAAUUAAAAUUCAAACGUUUUACGCGUCGCUAUUUUUGUACAUAAAUUCAGACCACGGCGUUACAGUUCCUUGUGGCGUGCUUUAAGUUUGAAAGAUAAUUUUUUUGAACAUGUAUAUGUAUGUUCUAUUAUUAUAAUUAUAAUAUAUUUUUUCUUUAAACCAAAUAUUUUGCUAAACUAGUUUUAUCUGAAGUGACGUCCCUGCUCGGGGACAACACUGCUUAAACUAGCCUGCUCAAAGCCCAGCCAACUGACCAGGCUGCUCUCCUGCUAAAAAUCAACUAGAUUAGACUUGUGCCCCCCCCAACCCCCAACCGAUAAUUUAUUUGUCAUUUUUUCCCCCUCCAGCUUAGAUCUUAAUUGAGCCGUAGUAUAAAUGGCCCAAAUUAUUAUUUUUUAAUUCCGUAAAGUGAUCAAUACAAGUAGGUAUAGCUGGAGGUCUCCAAAUGAAGGCGGUGUUAUUCCGGAGGGGGCGGGGUUAAUACUAAAAGGGUGUUGCAACAACUCCAAAAGUGGCGUCACUCUCACGUUUAGGGUCUGUAAAUGUCUCGGCCCCUUUUUUGAGCUCUGCCUGCAGCUAUAUGUAUAUAUCAGUUGGCAAAUAUUUUUGUCAUGUAACGUCAACGUCAUCCUCUGUUUUACAUAUUGAUUCCUCUUACAACUUUUCCAGUGGAUCUCACACAGAGCCUUACCACCACCAGUACCUUUGCCACAACAACUCUCUAAAUACAUUAAAUACAGUGCAAAAGUGUUGAUCAAAACAAACCUAACCAUGUCCAGUUGUAAUGAGGUGUGUUGUUGUUGCCUCAGUGUAACUGGUGGAAGCCAAGUCCUGCUCACUGCUAGGGUGCUGUUGGGAAUUGUAGUUUUGGCUGAGAGCACUCUCUAGACCUCAGUGUGCUCACAUUGACCACAGACCCCAGUGACAAAAGAGCAGACUGACAGACGACUGCCCUUCACUGACGCUAUGGAUCAUUCACCCAGCACUAGUCAGCUGAUGGCCGGCAACGUGACAAAUAAAAAUGACCCACGCUCGCUGAACUCGAGGGUGUUCAUCGGAAAUCUAAACACUAUGCUGGUCACCAAAGCUGAUGUUGAAGCCAUUUUUAGCAAAUAUGGCAAGAUUGUGGGCUGCUCUGUGCAUAAGGGCUAUGCCUUUGUCCAGUACGCCAAUGAAAGGAACGCUCGGGCUGCCGUGGCAGCAGAAGAUGGCCGGAUGAUCGUAGGACAGGUGCUUGAUAUUAAUCUGGCUGCAGAGCCCAAACCUCACAGGUCAAAAACAACAAAGCGAUCAGCCGGAGAUAUGUACAGUAGUUCUUCUUUUGAGCUGGAUUAUGAUUUCCAGAGAGAUUACUAUGACAGAAUGUAUUCAUACCCAUCCCGUGUACCCCCGCCACCCCCUCCUCCUCUCUCACGGGCUGUGAUCCCUUCCAAGCGUCCACGAGUCAGUAUAAGUGGAGGAACCAGCCGCCGCACAAAGUCCAACUUCCCCUCUUCGUCUAAAAGCAGCCAGCGGUCCACCUCUCGAGCUUUGAAAGCUGAUGACCUCCAAACUAUUAAGAGAGAGCUUGCUCAAAUAAAACACAAGGUUGACUAUCUUCUGGAGAGUCUGGACCGGAUGGAGAAAGAUCACAACAAGAAAUCAGAGGGAAAGAAUGUGAAACGAGAAGUGGGUGAAGCUUCCUCCCUGCAGCAUUCCAACAAGAAGGACAGAGCGAGGGAAGAGCAAGAGACAAAUGAUUCUGAGGAAGGAGAUCUGUUGGAAGAAGAGGUUAAAAGCCAGGGAGGUGAGAAUGAAGAGGAGGAAGGAGAACAUGAGGAAGAAGGUGAACACGAGGAAGGGGAGGAUGAUGGUGACAGCGUCAAUGGCGAUGAUGCAUAGACUGUUUAUACGUGGUGGACCCCAAACUCUAAUUCAGCACUUUCAGUUCUUUUGAAAGGCUGAAGCCAGUCUUUAAAAGAUUUGUGUAUUUAUAAUGUAGAUGCCUGCGCUCAUAUAAUAACUGACACUACAGUUACAUCAGUCUCACUGAUGUAAGUUUAGUUUUAAUGUUAGCAUGACAUAUUUCAGACUUUUGACGUGUCCCUCAACAAACAUUUGUUUUCAAACUACAGAACACAACAUUCUCAGAUUAUUUUUAAUUGCUCCGAUAUGAAUGAAAGUGUUUGUAAGGUUCUUUUACAUUAGCAGAUGGCAGAAUACGUGCAUUAUGGGUUCUCGAGUGAAACUGACCUGUUCCCUGUUUGUCCUGUAUUCCUAGUGGGAAUAAUCUUUCUUUUUCAGUGAACAAAGCUAUAAUGUGUAUUUUAAAAGGGGAAACUUGAGGGGCUCCUCUGAUAGAGAGCAAAGAAGCUUCCAGGAAAAAUCUAUGUUUGUAUUUACCUGUCUUUUUAUAUUACCCUGUCUCAAUAGUUCUACAGGAAAAUUUCAAUAAAAUAUUAAA